AUGAAUUGUCUACAGUCGAUGACACGUCGCCUCCUGGAUGCCCGCAUAGUUCAGUUACCCGAAAGCAACCCAGACAUCGAGACCUUCAUCGAAGCAGAGCUCUAUCGUUGUCUGGACGAAGAUCUUCUAAACAUCAGAAAUUCUACACUGAUAUUGGACAUCCAAGAGUCGCUCCUUCAGCGCUCCCAAGGCAUGUUCCUUUGGGCGGCUCUUCAGAUCCAGUCUUUGUGUAGUAUGAAGACUGAUCAUGCCAUUCGCGAAGCCCUGGCAGACCUGCCCAAAGACCUUGCGCAAACCUUUUCCCGCAUCUUACACAAAUCAGGAGCCUCGGAUCCGUCGCUCCAAGCAAAGAUACUGGAGGUCGUAUUGGCAGCUUGCCGACCUCUGACGACUGAGGAGUUGAGAGAAGCCUUAAGCGUCGAUCCCGGACAUGCAGUAUGGGAUCCGUCUAAGAUGUUGAACGAUGUGCAGUCAGCCCUAGCCUGCUGCGGAUGUCUUCUUACUGUCGAUGAGGAAGAGUCGACUGUCCGAGUCAUACAUCACAGCGUCAAGCAAUACAUUCUUCAUGGUCUUGACGACGUGAAGUACAUGGGUUUCUCUGUUGGAAGAGCACACGGAACGUUGGCGGAUAUCAUUGUUACCUAUCUUGGGUACGGUGUUUUCGAAACCCAACUUGAGAGAAACCAUGCCCAUCCGAUCUUAGCACAAGCAGUGCCGUCUACGGUCAUGCGAAACACCGUGGGCGGCUCGAGCUCCGCUCGGCAACUUGCUAUGAAGCUUCUCAAGUCCAAGAAGCAAUCCGCAUUUGACUUGAGCAAGACGGUUGCUGAAGCUCGUGGUCAUUCGUACUCUGAGCCCCAGGACGGAUUCAAGUUCUUUGGUUAUGCGAAUACCAAUUGGCAGAAUCAUAUUCCAUACGUUACAAGUCGAGCUGAUGCUAUCUGCGAACUUGCAACUACACUGAUUCGGAGUCGAUAUCCAGAGCUGGAAACGACGAAUGCAGAUUCUGAUUUGUAUUGGAGCUUCGCUGCCACCACGCAUCAAGAUACAAGAAUUCUCGAAUUGCUGAUGCUGCAAUCUCAGAAGAUGAAGCUGUGUGCACAAAAGACAUUGGUGUUGCUAGUGAGAACCGGAGACAAGGACACUAUCAAAGUACUACUGAACGCUGGCGUUGAUGCAAAUAGCAAUCGUGACGGAGCACCUCCGAUAAUCGUUCUGGCAGCGAGCAAUGGAGACAGUAUCAUGAUUAAGUUCCUACUCAGCUUCAGUACGGUUGACGUCAAUGCCGGCGACUGGUUCGGGGAUACCGCAGUGAAAAAGGCCGUAGAGGUGGAAAACGAACACAUCAUCAAGCUACUUCUCAGCUCUGACAGGAUAGAUGUCAACGUGAAGAACAAUAUCGGGAACACUGUAUUACUGCAGGCCAUAGACACUGGAAAUGCGGGCAUUAUUAAGCUAUUGAUCAACGACGAUAAGAUUGACGUCAACGCGCAAAGCAAUUCUGGGAGUACAGCACUACUCAAAGCUGUGAAAUAUGGAGAUGAGAAGAUCGUCAGACUGCUACUGGGUAUCCGCAACAUUGACGUCAAUGCGAGAGACAUAGACGGGAAGACUGCAUUAAUGCACGCGACGUGUAAGAGGAACAAGGACAUGAUGAAGCUGCUGCUUGGAAGCAAGAGCGUCGAUGUUAAUAUCAAGGAUGAUACUGGAAGAACGGCGUUACUAGAUGCAGCAAGUAAAGGAUACAGCGACGUAGUCAAGCUGAUGCUGACAAGCAAAAACAUCGAAGUCAACACAGCGGACAAUACAGGGUGGACGCCACUGAUGUAUGCAGCAUUCCACGGAAAGAUAGAAGUGGUCCGGCUGCUUCUUACUAGUCGCAAGAUAGACGUCAAUGUGAAGGGGCAAUAUCACGUUACGGCGUUGACUUUAGCGGUAAGCAAGAGUCAUCAAGAUGUUGUUGAGCUGCUGGUACUUUCACGCCACUAG